UCAACUCAAGCGAUUUGGCUGUUGUGUGUACUAAGUUUAAAAAUACAUUUAAUUGGAAUCCAUUGCAAAAACUGCAUUUUAACUAUUAAAAAGUAAUUUCCGUUCUAUGACGUGAUCUUUAUUAAAGUAAAUUGGAAUAGAAAAUUUGAGUAAUAGAUGGUGGAUUGAGUUUGGGUUAUUUUUGUAUUAAUAUUAGUUUACAUCAUGUCUGCAGGUCACAAACAUCGUUAUAAGAAUGUGGGUCUCAGUGCUGACGAACUGCGUCGUCGGCGAGAGGAAGAAGGUGUACAGUUACGAAAACAAAAACGGGAGCAACAACUUUUUAAAAGAAGAAAUGUGAAUUUACCUGCAUCUAAUGCACCUGAUAUUGCUCUUCAGGAGGAUUUCCUUGUUUCACCGUCUGAAGACAUAACGCCGGAAAUGGUAGCCGCACUCUAUGGCGACAACCCACAGGAACAAGUUUUAGCAACACAGAAGUUUAGGAAACUUCUAAGUCGGGAACCCAAUCCUCCUAUUGAUGAAGUGAUACGGACUGGAAUAGUUCCUAAAUUCGUUGAAUUUCUAACAAAUAGUGCUAACCCCACAUUACAGUUCGAGGCGGCGUGGGCGCUUACGAACAUCGCGUCGGGCUCGUCGGAGCAGACGCGAGUGGUGGUGGAGUGCGGCGCCGUGCCCGUGCUGGUGGCGCUGGCGGCCGGCGCGCCCGACGACGUGCGCGAGCAGGCCGUGUGGGCGCUGGGCAACGUGGCGGGCGACUCGGCGCGCUGCCGCGACGCGGUGCUCGCCGCCGGCCUGCUGCCGCCGCUGCUGGAUAUAUUAAACAAAUAUUCAAGAUUAUCUAUGACAAGAAAUGCUGUUUGGACGUUAUCAAACUUAUGUAGAGGCAAAAAUCCACCAACGAACUUUGAAGCUGUCGCUCCAGGCAUCCCUGUGCUGGCGCGCCUGCUUCACCACACCGACGCGGACGUGUUGAGCGACGCGUGCUGGGCGCUGUCCUACAUGUCGGACGGGCCCAACGAGAAGAUCCAGGCCGUCAUCGACGCGGGCGUGUGUCGCCGCCUCGUGGAGCUGCUCAUGCACAACAAGUACAGCGUGGUGUCGGCGGCCCUGCGCGCGGCCGGCAACAUCGUGACGGGCAACGACGCGCAGACGCAGGCCGUGCUCAACUGCAACCCGCUGCCGAGCCUGCUGGCGCUGCUGCGCUCCUCCACCGAGGCGCUGCGCAAGGAGGCCUGCUGGACGCUCUCCAACAUCACCGCCGGCAACGCCUCGCAGAUACAGGCAGUCAUAGAUGCUAACAUUUUCCCAACAUUGAUAGACAUUUUAAGGAAUGCAGAAUUUAAAACAAGGAAAGAAGCAGCUUGGGCGAUAACUAAUGCUACCAGCGGUGGAACACAUGCGCAAAUAAGUUAUUUAGUAGAACAAGGUUGUAUACCCCCUCUCUGUGAUCUAUUGACGUUAACCGAUACGAAGACGGUUCAAGUAGCACUAAAUGGACUUGAAAAUAUAUUGAAGGCAGGACAACAGGCGGACCAACGUUACAACCCAUAUGCUGUGUUAAUUGAGGAAUGCUUUGGUGUGGACAAAAUUGAAUUUCUACAGUCACAUGAAAACCUCGACAUAUAUCAGAAAUCGUUCGAGAUAAUCGAGAACUACUUUGGUUCAGAGAACGAGGAUGGUAGGGUGGCUCCGGACGUCUCCUCGAGUGGACAAUUCACCUUCAACACUGACCAGUCUGUACCUAUGGGCGGUUACCAGUUCUGAACACUAUGCUUCUGUUGAAUCACUGUGCAAUGCCUUUCCAGAUACCAGUGAAUAUAAUCACUGUAUAACUGGUGUAUAAACUACCUACUUCAGAGUAACUAUAUUUUGCACUUAUUAUGCAGUAGUUUAGAACAUUAUAUUAAUUUAUAUCGCAAAUUAAUGAAAAAAAAAAAUUAACCUCGCCUAUUUUCGUUUUGCUAUUGUAGAUAACGAAUUAAUGAUACCUGACUCACUUUCAAAAUGAAAUAUUACUGACAAUACGUUUGUAGGCAAUUGAUGUAUAAAAUUUUCGACCCUAAUUUUUUUUAUGUGAUCAAAUAAUUAUGUUGAAUUAUAAAACUGUUUCUUUAUAUAUGACAUGUCAUAAAAUAUGUUUUUUUUUUAAUGUAUAUCAUUGGAAAAUACUUAUAUUUAUUUGUAUAUUUGAUUAGACCUAAUAUGACAUGUAACUGUCUUUUAAUUUAAAUAUAAAUUAAAGAAA